GUGUGUACAUUGUGAGCACCAAAACUCCAGUUGUAGAGUCUGAACUUGGCAGAGAUGUUCUCUUGGACUGCAGCUUCUCUGCUGAUCACAAGGUUGAUGCGAAUAUUGAGUGGAGAUUACAACAGAAGGGAACAAAGAAAAAGCUGUUUUCAUACAGUAGCCUCAGUAAACAUGUAGAGCAUAUGGAAAACAGAACUGAAGUAUUCUUAAAUGAGUUUUCCAGAGGAAAUGCCUCACUGUUGAUAAGAGAUGUUGGAAUAAAGGAUGCUGGAACAUAUAUCUGCGUAGUCUAUGUCCCACCGUUAUACGAAGACAUUGAAGUGCAGGUGGAUAUCCUGGCAAGCCCAACUGUCAGCGUGAACAUUGAUCAUCUUUCGAUGAUUGAAGGAGUUGAAGAAAAACUUGUAUGCGAUAUCACUGGGUACUAUCCACUUGAUGUACAGGUUCAGUGGUUGAGGGAGCACGAGAGAGAGCAUUUGAUCCCAGAAGUUAUGAAGAAUAUCCUCUACAGUAGUCACAAGCACAAUGCUGAUGGGACUUUCAGCAUUUCCAGCUUCUUCUGGCUCAGGGCACACCCUAGAGAUGAUGGUGUUAAAUACACAUGCCGUGUAGAACACAAAAGUCUGAAAACAGCCAUCAGACAGAGUAUAUUUGUCACAGUGAAAGUACAAGGAAGCUUUACCACACCGCUGCUGAUCAUCUUUAUUUUGAUUCUGCUUCUGAUCCUGAUGAUUUUACUGUUUUACCUUCACAAAGCAAGUAUCAACAAAAAAAAGCCAUACUAGAAGAGAAAAAUUAAAAAAAUCAC